AUGACAAGCAGCAUACCCGGUCUCUCCACCAAACUAACACCCAUCUACCCCUCUUCUUCUUCCGAGGAAGAAGAAGAAGAAUCUGCCACAACAAAAUCACUCAUCUCAUGCCUCGCCCUACAAACCCACAUCGAAGGCGGAUAUUUCGCAGAGUUGGAUCGGAAUCCUUUGCUUAUUCCGAAUCCGUUCUUGGAGUCUAAUGCGAACGAACAAGGUGAGGCAAAUAGUGAGAGAACAGCAGAAAAACCUUCAUCAGGCGACAACGCAGUACGCAAUGCCAGUACGAGUAUUUACUAUCUACUUUCGCGGGGUCAGCCCAUGGGCAGGUUUCAUAGGAACAAGGCGAGGACUAUCCACACCUUGAUUUCUGGUCGUGGUCGCUACGUUCUUAUCCAUGCGGAUGAACCGGGGACACCAAAGCGUGUGGAGAGUUUUGUGGUUGGUAUGGAUUUUGCGGCUGGAGAGAAGAGUGUGUGGGUUGUUGAGGGGGGGAAGUAUAAAGCUAGUUUUUUGCUGGAGGGGGCGGAGGGGGAGAGGUUAUUGGUUAGUGAGACGGUCAUACCGGGGUUCGAGUACUCGGAUCAUGAUUUCUUGACGUUGGAGGCGUUUAGGAAGAUUGUGAGUCCGGAGCAAGCGGAAGAGUUGGAGUGGUUGGUACGCAAGUCGUAA